AUGCAUUUACUAGAAAUGAUCGAUAAACUACUAAUUCCAUCAGGUAAAUACUGUUUAGUAGAUGGGGGUUUGCCUCAUAUGAAUAAACUAAUGGCGCCAUAUAGAUGUGUUAGAUAUCAUUUAAAAGAGUACUCCAUGCAUGGUCCACAAAAUUCUAAAGAGUUGUUUAAUCUUCGUCAUGCUUCCUUACGUAACACCAUUGAGCGAGCUGUUGGUGUCCUUAAAAGAAGGUUUCCUAUCAUUCGAAGUACAACGGAACCAUUUUACUCUUGUGAAACACAAUCUGUCAUAUUUUUGGCAUGUUGUAUUCUACACAACUUUUUAUUAGAUGAAGACCGCGACAUAAAUCUUGAAGAUGAGGUGAUGCAAGAGAUCUUAAACGGACCACAAGAGCAAGAUCGUCGUAAUUCAACAGAAACAGAUGAGGGUAAUAGAAUGACAGAGCAACUAAGGAAUUCAAUUGCAAAUGAAAUGUUGGCAAAUUAUUUGACACAUUCAAACAAUUAA